GGCGGCCGGGAGCGAUGCAGCCGCCCGGGCGCUGGCCUUAGCCCCGCGGCAGCCGUCGGGGAGCCUCGGACAGCCGCUGCCCAGCGAUGCCGCUCAAGGCAGCGCCGAGCCGGGCCGCGCCGCCCCCGCAGGACCUGCUGGCGCUGCCCGCGGACGGGCUCUGCCCCGAGCCCCGCCUGGCCCCGGGCGUCAAGGCAGAAAUACAUUUUAACAGUGAAACCCUUUCCUCAGAAGAGGAGGAUGCAGAUAUUCAUGGCAAUAAAAUAAAAUCCCUGGACAAACCCAUGUCUCCAAAGAAAACAAUCACACAGAUCAUGAAGGAUAAAAAGAAACAGACCCAACUCACACUACAGUGGCUUGAAGAAAACUACAUAGUGUGUGAAGGAGUUUGUUUGCCCAGGUGCAUCCUUUAUGCACAUUAUUUAGACUUUUGUCGAAAAGAGAAGCUAGAACCUGCCUGUGCUGCAACAUUUGGAAAGACCAUUCGGCAGAAAUUUCCCCUCCUUACCACACGCCGGCUUGGGACAAGAGGCCAUUCCAAGUAUCAUUAUUAUGGAAUUGGCAUUAAGGAAAGCAGUGCCUAUUACCACUCUGUGUAUUCUGGAAAAGGCUUGACAAGGUUUUCUGGAAGCAAAUUGAAAAAUGAGGGUGGCUUCACUCGAAAGUAUUCUCUUAGUUCCAAAACGGGAACUCUCCUUCCAGAAUUCCCCAGUGCUCAACACUUUGUGCUUCAAGGGUGCAUUUCUAAAGACAAGGUAGAUACCCUUAUCAUGAUGUAUAAAACACACUGUCAGUGUGUCCUUGACAAUGCAAUUAAUGGGAACUUUGAAGAGAUUCAGCAUUUUUUGUUACAUUUUUGGCAAGGAAUGCCAGACCACCUUCUGCCUCUGCUUGAAAAUCCUAUCAUCAUUGACAUCUUCUGUGUCUGUGACUCAAUACUCUACAAGGUCCUUACAGAUGUACUUAUUCCUGCAACAAUGCAAGAAAUGCCAGAAAGUUUACUAGCAGAUAUAAGAACUUUUGCUAAAAACUGGGAACAGUGGGUAGUUUCUUCUUUGGAAAACCUACCAGAAGCCCUGAUGGAAAAGAAACUUCCUAUUGCACGAAGAUUUGUUUCUUCUCUGAAACGACAGACAUCGUUCUUGCACCUAGCUCAGAUUGCCCGACCAGCCCUGUUUGAUCAGCUUGUGGUGAACUCUAUGGUAUCUGAUAUUGAAAAAGUUGAUUUGAAUAGCAUUGGCUCUCAAGCUCUGCUCACGGUCUCUAGCAGCCCAGACUCUGAUGGGGAGGUCUACACUGAAUAUGACUCUAUUACAGUGUUUCAAGAACUGAAGGACCUGCUAAAGAAGAAUGCCACUGUGGAAUCAUUUAUUGAGUGGUUGGAUACUGUGGUUGAGCAAAGGGUUAUCAAGGCAAGCAAACAAAAUGGAAGGUCAUUAAAGAAGAGAGCCCAAGAUUUCCUUCUCAAAUGGAGCUUUUUUGGUGCCCGAGUGAUGCAUAAUCUCACCUUAAACAACGCAUCAAGUUUUGGUUCUUUUCAUUUGAUUCGUAUGCUGCUAGAUGAGUACAUUCUGCUAGCAAUGGAGACCCAGUUCAACAAUGACAAAGAACAGGAACUCCAGAAUCUACUGGACAAGUAUAUGAAGAACUUGGAUGCAAGUAAAGCCACCUUCACUGCAUCACCAAGCUCUUGCUUCCUGGCAAAUCGUAACAAAGCUGCUACCCUGGCUAGCGACACAUCAGUGAAAAAUGAGUGCCUUGUGGAGCAAGCCUACAUUUCACUGUCAGCUAACCAGCACAACAACUUGCCCUCUGGUUUGAAUCCUUUCUCCCCAGGGGACAAUGAGACUCUACAGCUAACAGGGCAGAUGGAGCUCUCGCAAAGCACUGGCCCUCUGAUGACUCCACCCAUUUCUCCAGCCAUGGUCAGUCGAGGAAGUGUUAUCAAUCAGGGGCCAAUGACUGGGAGACCUCCGAGUGUAGGCCCUGUGUUAUCUACACAUUCACACUGCUCUUCCUAUUCAGAGCCUCUCUACCAGACUCUCUCACAAACUAAUCAGAGCUACUAUGGCCCCAACUCCAAUUACCAGACCAUGUUCAGGACCCAGGUUCAUCCAACUUCGGGAUCUUAUCAGCACAGAGCAGAGCAUGGUCGAUUUACAGCCUUGAGUGAGCAGCAGUUCUCCAGGGACUACUUCAGUAGCAGCUGUGCUGUGUCUCCAUACAAUGCCAGGUCUCCCUCUAGUUAUGGGCCCUCCUCAGCUUCACAGGAUGCACAUAAUAUGCAGUUUCUGAAUACUGGGAGUUUCAAUUUUCUGAGCAAUUCAGUGGCUGCUGCCUGUCCAGGAGCAACAUAUCCGUCUAAUGCUUCCAAUGUAGGAUACUAUGGAAACAACAUAAACUACCCAGAAUCUCACAGGCUUGGAUCCAUGGUGGAUCAGCAUGUUUCUGUAAUCAGUAGUGUAAGCAGCAUUAGAUCACUGCCAUCAUACAAUGAUAUCCAUGACCCACUGAAUAUCUUAGAUGAUAAUGGAAGGAAGCAGGCAGGCUCAUACUAUGCAGAUUCCUCACCGUCACUUCUCUGUCGAACCCCUGUUGCUUCGAAUAUGCAAUCUGCAUCCUCUUCCCAGUGCAUGUAUGGAACAUCUAAUCAGUAUCCUUCUCAUGAAACACUGGAGUCUCAUGGACAACCUACUAGAGAGAUGGCAUCAUCUUUACCACCAAUCAACACUGUCUUCAUGGGAGCCGCUGCGGGAGGCACCUGAAUUAGAAAAAAGAUUUUUUUUUAAUUUUAAGAACUUAUUUUUCCAGUUCAAGUUUCUAAGGUUUGUUUUGCAGACAAGCCCUUUCAAUGACUGGGAUUAAAAAGUAUUACAGAUUGGUUUUACAGGAGCCAUCUUGAAGACAUUAACAUCCAAAGAGAAAAAACUAGCUGUAAUGACUCAGAAACGAAUGCAUCAGCAAAACACUUUUCAAGUCAAAACUUCAGGGACAGAAGGAAAAACCAGUGAUUCUUGCAAACAUGCCUUGGUUGUAAAGAAAUGAUGAUACCUGUUUCUAACUUAUUAAAACACUGUUUUAGUCUUUCACAUAAACCUUUUUGUAUAAAAAAUUGUUUAUUUAAAAUCUGUGAUGCUCCUUAUUUAUUAGGAUUACAGAGUCACUGUUUACUUUCUCCUGUUUGACAGAUUGUCAAAUAUAUGCAUUCUACCUCCUAAAGAAAUGUUUACAAGGUCAAUUUUUACUGCUUCAAAUCAAUAUAGACCAAAUCCUAAGGUUUCUCCUAUUGUGCAUUAAAAUAUUAAUUUAAAAUAAAAAAAAAGAAUCUGUCCACCUUUCCUACUUAAUUCCCCCCUUUAGAAACUGCAAACAGUUACCUUCUCUAUAGUCAGAUAACUGAAAGUAAAUGGAAGAUGUGCCACAAAAUCUCAUAGAAUUUCAAAAACACUUGUGGUAUGGUCCCAGUCUAGUACUAAGUGAAGUAAGUGGAAGACUCACUGAUUUCAGUAGGCUUUAGAUAGAGCUCUGUGUAUCGAACAUAAAUGAAAUGGACAUGAUCAAAACAUACUGCACACCUCAAAAUCAGCUAUGCUUUAAUAAAACCUCUUUUUAAAAAGAUACAAUUCUAUGUGUGUAUGUGUAUCUAAGGUACAGGAAGUGAGUGUUCACAAAUCUAUAUAAAAGAAGCAGAGAGAUAUAAACCUAUAACUAACCUCGUCACAUAUAAAUGAUAGAGGAGAUGUUAUUGUAAUGAUACCAUGAAAUUGAGAGUUUAAAUCCAAAGUUCCCAAAUUUAGGGGGAUGUUUGGUUUUAGCGUUCACCUGUUAAGCCCCUUGUACACUAUUUGGAAUUAGAAUAGCUAGGACAUACUAGGUUCAAGUCUCUGCUCUGAGUCAAGUACAACAGGGACUUGAGCAUGGCUUUUCUACAUCCCAUACAAUUUUCUGAACUAUCUGACAAUAGUUAAAAACUACAAUGAAGAAAUAAAUUAAAUGUAAAUUUCUGGGAUAAGCUAUAAUGCAACUCAGUAAUGGCUACUGCUCUAAUCAAGUCAAGAUAGCAGGAUUGUAGGUGCACUGACUGAAACAGAGUAAAUAAGACAAAUAUUGUGAUAGAAGUGUUUUUUCUAGUCAUGCAUAAUGUUAGUGAUGCUAGUCUUUUUGGAUAGCUGUUAUAAAAUAAAGAGAAUUGAAAUGAUU